AUGGACGAAAUACCACCGUCAAAAGGACGCUUACUGUUAUACGUAUUAUGUUCGUAUACCGUGGCGUCUUUAACAGCUGUUUUAGGUAUUACUGGUCAAAUUUUUUAUUGGUUAAUCUUCGAUGUAUGUGGUUUCGGUAAAAAACAAUCAAAUCGAAAACUUAAUGUUACAAAAAGUUCAAAUCCAAAUGAAUAUUAUACUCUUAUUAUUGGUUCUGGUUUUUCAGGUUUAGGUGCAGCUAUAAAAUUAAGAGAAUUAGGUACAGACAAUUUUGUUAUUAUCGAGCGUCAUGCUCGUGUUGGUGGUACAUGGUAUGCAAACACAUAUCCAGGUUGUGCAUGUGAUGUUCCAUCAAAUCUUUAUUCAUUCUCAUUUGAACCUAAUCCAAACUGGUCUCACUUCUUCGGUCGACAACCUGAAAUUGGUCAAUAUCUUGAACAUUGUACUGAUAAAUACGAUAUUCGUCGACACAUUAAAUUUAACACAAUAGUUACAGAAAUGAAAUGGUUAGAUGAUAAACAAUUAUGGGAAGUCACAACACAAUCAAAUGGUGAAGAAAAUCAUAUUUAUGCAAAAUUUGUAAUGGCUGGUUAUGGUCCAUUAUCAAAUGCAUCAUUUCCAAAGGAUAUUCCCGGUGUUGAUAAAUUUGAAGGUAGAAUGUGUCAUACAGCCGAAUGGGAUAAGACACUUGAAUUUGAAAAUAAACGUGUAGCAGUGAUUGGAACUGGUGCUAGUGCUAUUCAAACCGUACCUGAACUUCAAAAGACUGGUGUUAAACAAUUACUUGUUUUUCAACGUACUCCACCAUGGGUUAUUCCUCGAGCUGAUAGAAAGGUGACUAAUUUUGAAAAACAACUUUUUGCAAAAUUUCCAGCUAUUCAAAAACUAAUUCGAGCUUUGGUUUAUUGGAUACGUGAAUCAACUGUAUUAUCAUUUGUUUAUCGUUUACCUACUCGAUAUGUUAAUGCUGAACUUGUUAAAUAUAAUCUUAGAAUGCAUGUAAAAGAUGAAGAAUUAAGAAAGAAAUUAACACCAACAUGGGAAUUAGGUUGCAAACGGGUUCUAAUAACUAAUGAUUGGUAUCCAGCAAUACAAAAACCGAAUGUAAAAUUAGUUACAAAUCGUAUUAAAGAAAUUAAAUCUAAUUCAAUUGUUACGUAUGAUGGUGAUGAAUAUCCAGUAGAUAUUAUUAUAUGGUCAACUGGUUUUCUUGUUCAAAAUUUUCAAUUACCUAUAUAUGGAGUGAAUGGUAAACCAUUAGCGGAACAAUGGUCAGAAACUAUGCAAGCAAGAGUAACAGUACCUAAUUUUCCAAAUUUCUUCUUUCUUCUUGGUCCAAAUACUGGUUUAGGCCAUAAUUCAAUUAUAGUCAUGAUUGAAGCACAAUUACAGUAUAUUACUGAAGCUCUCUUAUACAUGCAAGAGAAUAAUAUACAAACCUUGGAUGUGAAACCCGAUGUUCAUGAUAAAUUUAAUCAUAAUUUACAAGCAAAAUUGAAGAAAACAGUAUGGCAAAGUGGUGGUUGUCAUUCAUGGUAUCAAGAUGCUAAAGGAAAUAAUACAACUAUUUGGCCGGAUUUUACAUGGACUUAUAUAUUACUUAUGAAAACAUUUGAUUUUAAAAAUUUUAUUUUUCAACGAUAA